AAAAAGGUUAUUUUGACAAUUUUCCAAAAAGUUUCUUCCGACCAGUCAGCCUUCAAGCGAGAGGCGACUCCUUCGACUGCUUUCAGCGACUGAGGUGACGACGGCGAACUCCCAGGCAACUGCGUUGACAGCGGCAAACACCCAGGCGACUGAGGCAACGGCGGAAAACACCCUGUGACGAACACGACGAACCAAAUCCGGCGGCAAUCGCGAAACCUCUUCCUCGCAGCACGCACCACGAUGAACUCUUAAUUUGAUGUUGGAAUUGCGAGAAGUUGCAAGAAAAAGGAUCAUAAUGUAAACUAGGAUAGGCCUUGUAUAUAUUUUCUUUACUUUUGAUCUUGCUUGUUUUAUUUGAACUCAGUUGGAACAUUUGGUUGCUAUUGGGUCAUUUCAACUAUUGAGCAGUCAAACAGUAUCAAAGUGCCACAAAAUUCCCGCAGUUAGUGGAUUUUUUUUCCUGAGUUUUUCUACAGACCCUCCUCCAAUGGAUUCCACUGGCUCUCCCAAAGCAAGAAAGAAGUCCAAGAACCAAUCACCUGAAGUCAAGUUCCACUUAGACCUCACUAACUGUUCGAGGAGGAAAGAUUUACUUUCGGCCAUAACUCUCUGUGAAGCUGCAGUUUCAGAGAAGUUGCAAUUCAAUCAACAACACUUCAAUACACUCCUCUACCUCUGUUCUACUGCGAUUUCAGACCCGUCAUUGAAAGAAUCUGCAGUAAGUUUUGGGUUUCGCGUAUAUAAUCACUUGCAAUCCAUUGGUGUUAUUCCUAACGAGGCUACAAUCACCGCCGUCGCAAGACUCGCCGCAGCAAAAGGGGAUGGCGAUUGUGCAUUUGAAUUGGUGAAAACAAUUGGGAAAUAUAAAGUUACACCCAGGUUGCGCACUUAUGAUCCCGCAUUGUUUUGUUUUUGUGAGAAUUUGGAGGUGGACAAGGCUUAUGAGGUGGAACAACACAUGGUAUCUGCUGAAGUGGGGUUAGAGGAACCUCAGAUUUGUGCGCUUCUGAAAGCGAGUUCAGAGACAGGGAAAGGGGAUAGAGUAUAUGAGUAUUUGCACAAACUGAGACGUUCUGUGAAGUGUGUUAGUGAGUCCACUGCAAAGGCUAUUGAGGAUUGGUUUUGUAGUGAAAAGGCCUCCAAUUUUGGUGAAUCGACUUGGGAUGUGAGUCUGAUUAGAGAGGCAAUUUUAAGUAAUGGAGGGGGUUGGCAUGGAAAGGGGUGGAUUGGGAAAGGAAGUUGGACAGUGAAAAGAACAAAUGUUGAUUCCAGUGGCAAAUGUUGCUGUUGUACUCAGCAGUUGGUCUGUGUCGAUAUUAGUUGUGCUGAGACAGAGAGUUUCGCUCAAUCUUUGGCUGCACUCGCCAUUGAAAGGGAGACUCAACCAAAUUUUAUAAGCUUUCAGGAAUGGUUAGAAGUACAUAAUCAUUGUGAUGCUAUUGUCGAUGGAGCAAAUAUUGGCCUCUACCAACAGAAUUUUGCAGAUUCUGGAUUUAAUCUUCCUCAGGUUGAGGCCGUUGUCAAAGAACUAUGUAAGAUGAGCGGAGGGAAAUGGCCAUUAGUUUUCUGGCACAAUAAACGCACCAAGGCUCUAUUGGAAAAUUCUUCAAGUAGAAGAGUUGUUGAGGAAUGGAUAAACAAAGGUGCUCUUUAUACAACCCCCAUUGGCUCAAAUGACGAUUGGUAUUGGCUUUAUGCCGCUGUGAAAUUGAAGUGCUUGCUUGUCACAAAUGAUGAAAUGCGAGAUCACAUUUUUGAACUUUUGGGAAGCGACUUAUUUCUUAGGUGGAAGGAGAAACAUCAAAUUCGUUACACUUUCGUUAAGGGUCAACUGAGACUUGAGAUGCCACCCCUUUACUCUGUUGUAAUUCAGGAAUCAGAAACAGGAUCUUGGCAUGUUCCAAUUGAAUCAAGUGACUCUGAAUUAGAACGAACAUGGUUGUGUGUUACCAGGCCAGGUGUUUCUGAAAACAUCGAGGCUCAAGGGUCAUGUGGGAGUGUAGGCAGUUAUAAUCGACUGCAUGAUUCGGCCGUAGCACGUAAAAGAAAAGAGAGGCCAUCGUCAACCUCCGAGCUUGCCUAGAUUUGGUGGUGGUAUUCAGCAGAUUGCAAAGCUGAUGAAUCCAUGUUUAUUUUUUAUCUGUCUCAAUUGUUGGUGUUCAUUUCCCUGGACAACGACAAUGUUGCAUCCUAUCUCAUUAGUCACUUCUUAAUUAUUUUAUUUUAGGGUUGGUAACCAUUUUGUUUUUAAAAAUUAAGUCUAUUUUCUUCCAUUUUUUACCAUAA